AUGUCCAACCAAACCAUGGUGACCGAGUUCCUUCUCUUGGGAUACUCUGACAUUCAGGAACUGCAGAUUUUGCACUUUGUGAUGUUUAUAGUGAUUUACCUGGCAGGCCUGAUGGGGAAUCUUCUCAUCAUCACAGCCAUAGCCCUCGACCACCAUCUUCACACACCCAUGUACUUCUUCCUGAUGAAUCUGUCAAUUAUAGACCUCGGCUCCAUCUCUGUCACCAUCCCCAAAUCCAUGGUCAAUUCCAUCAUGAACAACAGAUCGAUUUCUUAUCCUGGAUGUGUCACCCAAGUGUUUGUAGUCUUCACUUCAACUGAUUUUGCCUUACUCACCGUCAUGGCGUAUGACGGACACGUCGCCAUCUGCCAACCACUGCACUAUGAGAGAGUGAUCAACAGGCAAGCUUGUGUCCAAAUGGCAGCCAGUGCCUGGAUUACUGGUAGUGUCUACUCUGCACUGCAUACCAGGAACACCUUCAAGUUACCCUUCUGUCAGUCCAAUGUCAUCAACCAGUUCUUCUGUGAAAUCCCCCAGGUACUCAAGAUCACUUGCUCUGACUCAUACCUCAGUGAAGUUGGACUUCUUGCCUUUAGUGUGUUUUUAAGUUUAAACUGCUUUGUUUUUAUAAUGGUGUCUUAUGUUCAGAUCUUCAAAGCAGUGCUUAGAAUCCCCUCUGAGCAGGGCCGGUGUAAAGCCUUCUCCACCUGCCUCCCCCACCUGAUUGUGGUCUCUUUGUUUCUUUGCACUGCCUUCUUUGAGUACCUGAAACCCACCUCCAGCUCAGCAUCAGGUCUGGAUCUCAUGAUGGGUGUUCUCUCUUCCCUGAUGCCUCCAGUGAUGAAUCCGAUCAUCUACAGCAUGAGGAACAAGGAGAUCAAAGCUGCAUUAAAGAAAAUGAUUGUGUGGAGGUUAUUCACCAAGAAUUAA